GACUUAAUAGAACGUUCAUGUCUAAAUGUAAUUGGACGAUGAAAAGUGGGCGUGGUUUGCGAAUAGGUAGUGACUGUUGUCGGGCAGAAAAUCGUGGCGCUUUCUUUGAGUUUGUCCAGCUAACUUAUUAGUUUUAACAUUUAUUUUAGAUAUGGAUGUCCACAAGCCUCGGAGCAGCAGCCAGCUUUCACCCUCCCUGAAGUUGUCAAAUGGAUACAUUCUACCUGAAGGCAAACUGACUCCCAACGCCCUCUUUGUUGGUGGGAUUGAUAUGAAGGUGGAUGAAAAUGAAAUGCGGGACUUUUUUGCAAGAUAUGGAACAGUUAAAGAAGUAAAAAUAAUCACGUACCGUGGAGGAAUCUGCAAAGGGUAUGGGUUCGUAUACUUUAGCGAAGAUGUCAACAUUCAGUCAAUCACCGAGCAACAGAUCAUUUUUAAGGGCCGAAAACUCAAGCUGGGUCCAGCUAUCAUGAAAGAGAGGAGCGCUCGCUCCAUGCCAUCCCGUUUCAUUGGCCCAGCCCCUUGGAUGAGUGCCCCUCAGUACUUUUACUGCUCUUGCUGCUCACCCAUGGGAGGGGGGAUGACACAACAUUCACCCAUCCUCAGUGGAGGCAACCCAUACAAUCAGCCAUAUCCCAACUUUGGAGGGGUCAUGAUUCCACAGAUGCCAAUGAACUAUGCACAGAAUGGCUAUGCGUACCAGUACACUCCACCUCACUGGAUGAUGGACCACAGGACACGACCUCAGAGCUAUGUGGACUGCGGAGUCCAGACUAUGCUAACUGUGCUGUAGUCUACACAUUCCAAGCCUUCUGCCAGGUACAAGCUACGGCCCGUCAAAAUGCAGCUAGACCACUAUAAGCCACCCAACUUCUCAGACCGUUUUCAGUGUACACUCCCUUCCCUUGCCUCACCUUUUGUGAGACCCAUUUUAACACCAGACUGCAGUAGUUCUCCACUUGAACUAUACUAGUUGCAUCACAGUGACCUUUGACCACAAUUGGUCAGGUUCAGCUGUGGUCAUCUGCUUUUAACCCACAUGAAUCACAGUAAUAAUUGCAUAAGAUCAGAGCACCCUCACUAUACAAGCUGAUAUAUGGGCUCACUUUUGUGUGUGUGUGUAAUUAAUUCCCCAAAGGUUGAAAAAGAUUUUUAAGCCUUCCCUUUGUCCCUAUUUUAUGUUUAAGUAUUUAUUUUGGACUUAUUUUAAGUGUUUGUUUAGUUGGGUAUUCUAGCCUGUCCAGGGGCUUCUGUACAUACAAUGUGUAUAUAUAUAUAUAUAUAUUAUUACUGUAUCAAUGUCUUGAUAGCAAUCUGUUUAUUUGAGGAUUGGAGUAAGCUUCAGCUCCAGUUCAAACCUAAUCCCUCUCCUAAUUACGAGUCUUCGGUAAUUCUGCGUGUGGGCACUCAAAUCCAAGCACUCACAUCUAUUUAGUGCUCAGUUUUUUUUUUAAAUUAUAUCUAGAUUGACAUUGGAAACAAAAGACAUCUCUCUGAUGUUGCAGCAGCUCUGUCACUGAUGCCCUUUUGUGGUCAAACACCACACGCUAUUGUGGGGCUCUGAUGUUUCCCUCUUGUGAUUCCAGAGGUUCACGCUAAAGAUAAUCACAGCACCCAUUUUAUUUCUCAUUGCCCAUCUUUCAUCUAAAUGAAAAGUGAAAAAAUGGGGAUUUUAAACCACUACAAACAAAAAACAAUUUAAUAUACUGUAAAGUAAGAUGUUCUGUUUGAUUUGUUUGGGCAAAAUGUUCACUGUAUGUACUGUAGUUCACUUUAUGCUGGCGUGGAACUUCACUGGUAAUUUUUUGUUUUUAUUUUACGGAGCACAGCAUUUUACACUUGUUUUUUUCAGAAGGUGCACUUAAUGUAUCUUUUUGACUUUUUUCACCUUUAGUGUACGUCAGCAUUUGUUUUUGCUCAAAUAGGUUUUGUGUACAUCAGGAUUGACCUCACGGUCUUCUGUGUACAUCUCAUACAAAUCUAAUGCUUGUUCAGACAGCGUAGGCACUACACUGAAGUUUGGUUAUUAAUGUUGAGGUUUUGCAGGGUUUGGGUACUUCUGAAAAAUAAAUGUUGAAGUGUG